AUGGCGAACUCCGUUGGCCCCGUGCGAAGGCUAUGGUAUCAAUGGAAGAUGAUGCACCUGCCUUGGAGGCAGAAAUGGCUUGUUGGCUUUGACCUUCAGGGAAACACUUUCUGGGAGUUCAAAGAUGCCUUGCACUCGAAUCGGAAACGUAGAAUUGUCAAGUACAGUCGGUGGACACAUUACGGAGAUGUGAACGUCGAUCCUGGAUGGAUGCAAUGGCUUCGACACACGCGAUACGACCCACCCUCUCUCGCCGAACAACGAGCCGAUAUAGCAAGACAGGAACGCAUCAAAUUGCUUGCCGCACAAGCAGACGCUCGGUGGGCUGCGAAGGAAUCCGCAUUGGACAAGCCAGAUCAAGAACAACAGCCGCACCUGCUGGAACCAAAAGAACCACAAAUGGCUUCGGACCGGGUUGAUAUAGAACAAGAGAUGGGUGACCGCGUCUCAACGACACGAUCGCCUGAGCCAGCGCGGGAUACUGAAGGAACCGAAGGGGGUCCUACUACAACAGCGCCCAAGAAGUUCAAGGCAAAGAAAGAGCCAAAGGAGUCUCCGUUCAAAUCUGCCACGCCCAGUAAUCCUGGCGAUGAAUGGCAGCCAGAGUCCUGGACACCCGCUCCAGCGAAGCGAAGAAGAUGA